AAUAACAAUAAAAAGAGGAGGGAAGGCGGAGAAGAAGAAGAAGUCAAUAAAGGAAGAGGCAAGCGAAGCGAAAUUUCAAGUUGAAGGGAAGGAGCUUGGUUCGAAGGAGGAGUUGUUGUUGGCGUAAGCAGAGGAGAAGAGAGGAAUCCGUACAAGUUCAAGAAAUCGAUUGAGAAUUUGAGAUUGUUGUUGUUAUCCAUGAAGAGCUCUCUGAACAAGUUGCGCGGGUUGGCGCUUCACAACCACAAGGAACGCCGCACCGCCACCGCCGCCAGAGCUGUUCUUCCGCUUCCCAACGUUGACGAGCUUGCUCAGGCUGCUCAGGACUUGGAGGACAUGAAGGACUGCUACGAUACCUUACUUUCCGCAGCUGCAGCAACUGCCAGCAGUGCUUUUGAAUUUGCGGAGUCAUUGCGUGAUAUGGGCUCUUGCCUUCUCGAGAAAACCGCCUUGACUGAUCAUGAAGAUGAUACUGGAAAAGUCCUCCUUAUGCUUGGCAAAAUGCAGUUUAAACUCCAGAAGCUCAUUGAUAACUAUCGUUCUCAUGUAUUCCAGACAAUUACCACUCCCUCAGAGUCUCUUCUGAAUGAACUUCGAAUUGUGGAGGAAAUGAAGCGACAAUGUGAGGAGAAAAGAGAUGUUUAUGAGUAUAUGGUAACCAAAUAUAAGGAAAGAGGUAGGUCCAAAGGUGGGAAAGGGGAAACUUUUACAUUGCAGCAGUUGCAGAAUGCUCGUGAUGAAUAUGACCAGGAGGCUACACUAUUUGUUUUCCGAUUGAAAUCACUAAAGCAAGGACAGUCCCGCAGUCUUUUAACACAGGCAGCACGUCACCACGCCGCUCAGUUGUGUUUCUUCGAGAAAGCAGUCAAGUCCCUUGAGACAGUAGAACCACAUGUAAAAUCAGUAACUGAACGGCAGCACAUUGAUUAUCAAUUCAGUGGUCUUGAAGAGGAGAAUGGGUAUGAAGAAGAUGGAGAUUAUGAUGACGACAAUGAAAAUGAUGAGAAUGAUGAUGGAGAGUUGAGUUUUGACUAUGGACAAAAUGAACAAGAGCAAGAUGUUUCUACAUCACAAAACUCAAUGGAGUUGGACCAGGUGGAGCCUACAUUUUCCAAAGGUUUAACAGCUGAUGCCACUAAGGAAGACUUUGAUAGGCUUCAAAGGAAUUUGUUUUCCUUCAGGGUUACGUCAGGGAGCCAAUCUGCCCCACUUUUUGCUGAUAGCAAACCUGAUCCCAGCGAAAAGUUAAGACAAAUGCGCCCAUCUUUAUCACGGAAGUUUAGUUCGUAUGUGCUACCCACACCAGGUGAGACAAAGAGUUCAACCUCUUCAGGGUCCAUUAACCAAGCACCUUCCAAAAUGCUGACAAAUUUAAAUGAGCCUACAAAGAAAAUGUGGCAUUCCUCCCCUCUUGAACAAAAGAAAAAUGAAAAAGUUCUUGUAGAUGAGGUUCCUGGUCCUACAGGAAAAAAUACAGUCUCUGUACUCAAGGAGAGUAACAGCAAUACUACCUCCACCAGAUUGCUGCCUCCUUCGGUAGAUGGAAUUUUAUCCUCUAAAAAAGAUGAUUAUGUUUCUGCUUACUCCAAAAAGAUUAAGAGACAUGCCUUUUCUGGCCCGUUGACAAGUAAUCCUUGGCCUACCAAACCUAUAUCAGUAGAAACUGUUAAAUUGUUAUCUGGACCUCUUUUGCCAACCCCAAUGCCAAAGCCUCCCUCAUCCUCUCCUAAAGUCUCUCCUAGUGCUUCUCCUAGAUUUAUGUCUUCACCCAAAAUCAGUGAGCUUCAUGAACUUCCUAGGCCUCCAACUAGUUCCCCAUCCAAUUCAAGGCUUUUAGAUUUGGUGGCUCAUUCAGGGCCAUUGUUUUCCAGAGGUCAAAAUCAAAUGGUUCCUCCAAGUAAUUUGGUUGCAUCAAAUGCAGCAUCUCCAUUGCCAAUGCCACCUCAGGCCAUGCCUCGUAGUUUCUCCAUACCUUCUAGUGGUGCUCGAGGUGCAGCAUUACAGGGGUCAAGGGCACUGCAGACGUCUCACAGAUCAUCUAUAUCAAGGGAUAUCGCUUCUCCUCCUCUGACACCAGUAACAUUAUCUAAUAAUUGGCAGUAAGAUGGAUAAGACUUGCUCUAUG